GGAGAAAGAGCCACAGGAGCGGUGGGCCAAGAGGUUGGGGUUGGGGUGCAGGGAGGGCCUCGGGUGCUGGGCGGCGGGUGCAGGGCCGGGGAGGAGGCUGGGGGCGUGAGGCAGAACCCGGGGGCCCAGGGACAUGGCGCGGCCCGACGACAAGGAGGAGGAAGCGGUGGUGCCCGGGCACCCGCCUGCGACAGGACACUUCCCGGUUCCCGGGGGCUCGCCAGCCGGGAAGAUGAGCGCGGAGCCGCAGAACGGGCCCAGAGCCGGCUGCCUGGCCCUGAAUGGGGUCCCUCGGGACAGCCCCGCGCCCGUCUCGGGAGCCCUGGGCAGGCCGCAGACUCAGCUCACCGCGGAGGAGGAGACCCAGGUUCGGCUGCUAACCGCGGUUCCCGGGGAGGAGCCCCCAGGGGCCGAGGGCUCCCCGGCGCCACUGACGGCGCUCUCCACGCGGCGCUUUGUGGUGCUCCUGAUCUUCAGCCUGUACUCGCUGGUCAACGCCUUUCAGUGGAUCCAGUACAGCAUCAUCAGCAACGUCUUCGAGGGCUUCUACGGCGUCUCCUCGGUGCACAUCGACUGGCUGUCCAUGGUGUACAUGCUGGCCUACGUGCCCCUCAUCUUCCCAGCCACCUGGCUGCUGGACACCAGAGGCCUGCGGCUCACCGCCCUGCUGGGCUCCGGCCUCAACUGCCUGGGCGCCUGGGUCAAGUGCGGUAGUGUGCAGCAGCAUCUGUUCUGGGUCACCAUGCUGGGCCAGUGCCUGUGCUCCGUGGCCCAGGUGUUCAUCCUGGGCUUGCCCUCCCACAUCGCCUCAGUGUGGUUUGGGCCCAAAGAGGUGUCCACGGCUUGCGCCACCGCCGUGCUAGGCAAUCAGCUUGGAACUGCAGUUGGCUUUUUGCUACCACCAGUGUUAGUGCCCAACAUACAGAAUAACACAGAUCUUUUGGCUUAUCAUAUCAGUGUCAUGUUUUAUGGAACAUCACCUGUCGCCACACUUUUAUUUAUUUUAACAGUAAUUGCAUUCAAAGAAAAACCUCAAUAUCCACCAAGUCCAGCUCAAGCAGCAAUUCAGGACAGCUCCCCUAAAGAGUACUCCUACAAGGAAUCAAUAAGGAACCUAUUUAAAAACAUUUCUUUUGUCCUUCUAUUGAUCACUUACGGGAUCAUGACUGGAGCAUUUUAUUCAGUCUCAACAUUAUUAAAUCAGAUGAUACUGACAUAUUAUAAGGGAGAAGAGGUGAAUGCUGGCAGGAUUGGGCUGACACUGGUAGUGGCUGGAAUGGUGGGCUCCAUUCUCUGUGGCUUGUGGCUGGACUACACCAAAACAUACAAACAGACUACUCUGAUAGUUUACAUUUUGUCUUUUAUUGGAAUGGUUAUAUUUACUUUCACACUGGAUCUUGGAUACAUUAUCAUCGUAUUUGUUACUGGAGGGGUGCUUGGUUUCUUCAUGACUGGUUACCUCCCCUUGGGCUUUGAAUUUGCUGUUGAAAUCACUUACCCUGAAUCUGAAGGUACUUCGUCCGGUCUUCUCAAUGCUGCUGCACAGAUAUUUGGAAUUUUGUUCACACUGGCUCAAGGAAAGCUCAUGUCAGAUUAUGGUCCUAGAGCAGGAAACAUUUUCCUCUGCGUUUGGAUGUUUGUAGGCAUCGUUUUGACAGCAUUAAUCAAGUCUAAACUGAGAAGACACAAUAUAAAUAUAGGAAUUCCGAAUGGUGACAUUAAAGCUGUACCAGUGGACAGUCCCACAGAUCGAGAAUCAAAAACUGUUAUGAUGUCCAAGCAGUCAGAAUCAGCAAUUUGAGGUGAAUAUCAUGUGAUAUAUCAUGUGAUAUUUGAGCUGUAAGGCUUGGUUUAUAGGUUAUGAGGAGUGGACACUUACUUGAAAAUUACUGUAUGACUCCUAAAUUCAAUCACUGUUUUGCCUAAUUGUUAAUUUAAGCAAUAUUUUGUUUAAAUACUUUUGCUUACAUCAUUUUAACACACCAUCUGUCUAACCAGUGUCCCAUUUUUAGUCUUAUAUUGUCAAUCUGACCAUAAGCUUCUUGACAUUUAUUUUUCAGAAGUAAAUGUUUUUCCUUUUUGUGGAAAAUGGAAGCUUAGCUGGCUUUCUGAAGUGAUCAUGUGGAGGUCUAAUCCCUUUAAGUUAUAUGAGAGUACAUGCAAUUUAUAUGUAAAAAUACCCAAUAGGACCACGUGUACAAAGCGUUCCUAAUCGGCUCCCUUUCCAGCGUGGGAGCCCCUUAGUGAGAGUCCAGUGUAGCGACAGGACCCUUCUAAUCCACCAAAUGACUGUUGGGAUGAGACCUCCGGAUAACUGUUAUGAUUUUCCCAUUUCUUGUAUUCUUGUUAUAAAGUGCUUUGUAACAGGUACUGUCAAUGGCCAUAAAACCAUUCAGGGUACAGACGGAACCCAUGACUUUGGUCUUACGUUUUAGUUAAGCUCAGGAGCCCGACACAGGCUCAUUAUCUUGACUUCUCUGCUAUGCCAUCUUAUCAUGGUAGAAAUGGUAACACUGGCCCUGGCUGGUUUGGCUCAGUGGUUAGACCAUCGGCCUGUGGACCAAUGAGUCUCGGGUUCCAUUCCAGUCAAGGGCACGUACCUCGG